AUGACAAAAGUAGAACCCAUGCAUUGGGCAAUAGGAAUGAUCUUUUUGUGGCAGACUAUGGUUGGAGUCCUGGCCAAUUUUUUUCUCUUUUACCAUUAUCUUUCCCUUUAUCACACUAAAUGCAAGUUGAGAUGCAUAGAUUUGAUUCUCAAGCAAAUAUUGAUAGCGAAUACCUUACUUACUGUUUCUAAAGGACUUCCGCAGACAAUGGCAGCCUUUGGAUUGAAACAUUCUUUUAAUGAUUUUGUCUGUAAACUUAUCUUUUAUGUUGAGAGAGUGGGCAGGGGUGUAUCAAUUAGUACCAUCUGCCUAUUGAGUGUCUUCCAAACUGUCAUGAUCAGCCCCAUGAACUCUUACCGGAAAGAUCUUAAAAUCAAAGCUCCAAAGUAUAUUGGCUUAUGCAUUUGCCUCUGCUGGUUUCAACAUACAGUCAUAAAUUUCAUUUUUCCUCUCCAUAUUUCAUAUGCAUCUGAAAAAUUGUACAGUAGAAACACCACAAAAAAAAGAGAAAUCAGAUUUUGUUCUCGUGUGGAUCAGGGGACAAACCUGGGCUCAGUCUACCUGGCAUUAGUAGCAUUCCCUGAAGUUAUUUUUUCUGUACUCAUGAUCUGCUCAAGUGGCUCCAUGAUUUUUACUCUGUACCAACACAAGCAGCGGAUCCAACACAUUCACAGGACAAAUGUUUUCUCUAAAUCCCCUGAAUCCAGAGCCACCAGAAGCAUACUUCUUCUUGUGGGCACUUUUGUAUCUUUUUACAGCUUGUCCUCCAUCCUUAACUUGUCUAUCGCUCUUUUUCCUGAGGUAGAUUGGUGGCUGAUGAGCAUUUCUGAUGUACUUUCUCUGUGUUUUCCAACAAUCAGCCCCUUUCUGGUAAUGAUCCAGGAUUCUUCUCUAUCCAGACUCUGCUUUGCUUGGAUAAGGUGUGCUCUCCUUCUUUAUAAGUCAUAA